UUGCCUGGCAACGUCACUCCGUUGCUGGGCAACGUGACGCGGAAUCUGGAGGGAACGGCUAAACGGGCUAACCGGUUAGCCGUUAGCGGUCACGUCUCAAAGACGAAAACAGGAAUAAAACUAAUUAUUUAAAUGAGUUUAUAAUUAAUGUGGCGGUCACGAGGAGGCUGAUGAACCGCGGGAACAGAGUCGGAGCCGUCUGCGACGAACUCACCGUCACUAACGAUGGAGGAGGAAGCAGGAGGAGCAGCAGGAGCAGCAGCGGGGUGGUGGAGGUGCUCGGGGCCGUGCUCACGCUGCUGUCCGCGGUCUUCAUCCUCCUCAGCUUCCCCCUCACAGGCUGGAUGUGUGCGAAGGUGAUCCAUGAGUACGAGAGGGCUGUCAUCUUCAGACUGGGCCGUGUGGUUAAAGGCCGAGCCAAAGGACCUGGUCUGUUCUGGUUCAUCCCCUGGCUCGACGUCAUCCAGACGGUUGACCUGCGGACAGUCUCCUUCAACAUCCAGCCACAAGAGGUUCUGACUGCAGACGGGGUGUCGUUAAAGGUGGACGCUGUGGUGUUUUACCGGGUGGUGGACCCGUCCUCCUGGGUGACCCGUGUUGAAGAUGGCUACCGGGCGAUACACACAUUGACCCAGACGACCCUGAGGGCCGCGCUGGGCGCACACACUCUGACAGACGUGCUGACGCAGAGGACGGGCAUCGCGAGGAGAAUCGAAGGAGUGACACCCUCUGUCCUUGAUCCGCGAUAUGAGGAUCAUUACUUGGAUGUGGGAAUAAAGCAGCGCGCACGAGAAAUGAUCCAGGCCGCGAUGUAUGCGGACAACCCGCUCAGAGACGGAGAGCAGAGCGCAGAAAAAAGGACGCGUCUCUCUGCACCAGAUGUGGAGCAUGCACCUUCGUUGUCUGAUAUGUUCAAUGAGAUCCUGCGAGAUCUUCUUCAUGAGAGAACAUGUUUAAUUUUAGAAUCUUUCAGCAGACCAGUCAGUUCUAGGUCAAGAAACAUUUUGUUUUGGAUUUUAAUUUAUAUUGUGCAUCGUUGUAAUGUCAGUGCUAAAUAAAUGUUUUCAUACUUUCAUACUAAUUGAUUUAUUCUUUGAAUUGCAAUGCCUUGACUUUUGUGAGGUUAGUACACAGUCAUAGCUAUGAAUGCAAUGGUUCUAAUAAUUGACAUAAUCAUUUCUUUCUGUGU